AUGUCAGCACCCGACGAACAUGAAUUAGGCAAAAAUAGAGUUCCACCUGAUGAUUCUUACGUAAGCGAUUAUAGACGAUUUAAUUAAUCAAAUUAAGAUCUGUAAAAGCUCAAAGAAUCAUAAUUGAACAAAGUAUAUUUUGAUAACUUAAAAACACAAAAAUUAUCACUAAAUGAAGCAUAAAGUAAAUUGAAAGCAAGAAAACAGAGUUCUGGCGUCGCGACAGCGAUGUGUCGGUGAUGCACCGGAAUCCUGAGUGUUUGGGAGGAUCGUCAUACAGUGUCUAUAGCCUCGAAGGCUCUCCUUGGACAAAGACAACGUGGGCAAUCUCUAGAUUUUCUCGUGAAGUCUAGAGAUUAAUGAAAUGGGUCAUUGAGUCGUCUCUAGUGGCUGUCACUCGGCGGAGUGGAAAAAUGGUAACUUUACAGCUCUCCGGCAGGUGUCACUCGACGGAGAGGAGCUGAAUGGAGGUGGGGCAUGUGUCACAGAGCUUCAUCCUUAGGUCCGUGCAGCAAGAGGAGGCUCUUCAUCGCAUCUGGUACACUCUCAGGAGGUGGCGACUUGUCUCUCGACGGAUUGUCCUCUUCUUGACGACGGCUUGUUUGUUGAUUAAUCGGGGAUGAUUUACUUGAUGGAUUCGCAAUCCUUUUAUCGCGAAUCCUUCAGCAAUUUUAGUAGCAAUGCUCUGCGAGUCGCAUUGAUGAGAUUUUUGCCGAUGAUCUAGUGAUUCUCGUUACUUAAUCCUUCACCAGCGAUCUGCAGAAAAGUCACAAUAAUUAGAUAAAAAUAUAUGACUUUUGACUCUAGAAGAACUCGAACCUAUGUCAGUCGCCCGCCUCUUCUGAGGAAGGUGUGACGCGGGUUUAGUCCCACAUCAGCUGUGUGCUAAUUUUUUAAGUGAAUAUAUAGUAAUGUUAGCUUUCUAAGCAAAGUCCCUUCUCUCGCGUGUACAACCACUCCUUGCCCCACAGCCGGCUGGCCACUAGUGAUGUGAAAGGGGAGUGGCACACACAUGCCCCCAUCGGUUCAAGUCGUUCGAUCCCUUGCUCGCGGCUACUCCCUGACUGUGCUUCUAACCUGCUUGUGGGCCCAACUGGCCAGCGGGUCCCACCAUUUUAUAAUAUUUUUAUUUUUAUUUCUUGUUCUUCAUUUAUCUCAAAAGUAAGACUGUAAAAAUUAUAUAAAAUCACAUAAUUACCCAAAAAUUCACGUUAAUCAAUUGAAAACCUCUUUUCACACUUUAACACAAAUAUAAGUCUAUUUAUCAUGAGUUAAGGCUAAAUCUAUAUUAUUUACUAAUUAUUAACUCAUAAUAAUGAAGACUUAUCACACCCCCAACUUAAAUCAUUGCUAGUCCCUUAGCAAUGGAAUUACGAAAAUAAAAUUUUACAAAUCUCAAAUAUCAUAUUUCAAUAUAGGAAAAAAAAAAGUAUAUAAUUAGAAAUGAUGCACCUUUAAAUACUUUGGAUUCUUAUAUCAAGUAUUUAAGAAUGAUGUCAAGCACUUAAAUGUUUAAACACUCUUUGGAAUAACAAUCUAGACUUCACUUCUUCUAUUCACAUCUUUAUCACUUCUUCACUCAUAGAUAUAUUUACAAGAUGUUUCAAUUAUCAAUACUCAUUCAAGAAUAAUAUUGAUCCUACAUAUUCCUCAAAAAAGGCUUGAUCUCUCGAAUUUUCACUUAAAUUCUCAUAAAGACUGUAAAUCUCAUUAGGGGUUUUCUUCAUAAAAGCUCUUACACAUAUAGAAUCAACCAUAUUUCUAUAUUAUUCUAAUAAUCCAUCAUAAAAAAUUCUAUUGAGCUGCCACUUGGGUAUAGCAUGAUGAGGACACUUUCUAAGUAAAUCUUUGAAUGUUUCCCAUGUUUCAUGUAAAGUUUCUCCUGAUCUUUGAGGAAAACUCCAUAUAUGUUUUCUCAUAUUUUGAGUUUUUCUUAAGGAAUAAAUUUUUUGAAGAAAAGCCUAUUCAUCUUAAUAAUUUAUGGUGUAACUUGAGGGAGAUUAACUAAAUCACAGACCAUAUGAAAUUUUUCUAAGUGCUGAUGAGGUUUCUCUAAAGGCAAUCCAUGAAAAUUAGGGAGUAUUUGAAAAAUUCCUAGAUUUAUUUCGAAUUUAAAAGUGGGUGCUAAUGGGACUCUAAUAUUUGAUGCUCUUUGAAAUGAAUCAAGGAUAUAAUGAUUUUUCAUGACCAUAGGAUUGUUCUCAAUUUGACAUGUACUUCCUUUAGGAUCUAUCAAAAUUAGUUUUUCUUUUCGAUUUUUAUUUUUGAAUGAAAUAAUAGAAGGAUUUUCUAGUCUUGGAUGCAAGGAUCUUCUACCAUGCAUAAAAAAAUCAAUAAAUUCAAGGGAAAAGUUUAGUAAUUGUUACCCUCCUUUAGUAUGCUCUGGUCCUUGCUUUGUUUCUCUUCGUUCCCUUUUUUUUAAAAAAAAUUAGCAAAAAGAAAAUAAAAUAAGAGUUAAAUUUUUUUGUGUACUCUAAGAGAAAAAUAGAAAAAUACUAAAUAUUAUGCAAUACAUCCCUAGCAAUGGUGUCAAAAUUUGACGUGACUUAGUCAUCGUAUUGUAAAUCACGUAAAUUUAAAAUUUAUAAAACUAGAAAAUACGAAUUUUCAGAUAUUUAGAAGUAUUUUUGAAUAAAUAUAUCAAGUAUAAUUUAAUAAAACUUCCUAAAAUAGUGUAAUUUUCUAGGUCGAUCAAAGGGAUGUAAUAUAAUAUCUGGUAAUUAUUCAAAAUUGACCUCAAAGAAUACUAUUUUCUAUAAAUUUUAUACUAGUAAAUGAAAAGAAAAUAUAUUUAAAAUUCACAAAAAAAAGAAAUAGGGGUGUAGACGUCAAGAUGAUAUCAGCGCUUGAGGAAUGCAAAUCGAGCGAAAAUAAAGUUCUGCUCGGUGAUUCUUUACAUAAGCGAUUACAGACAAUUUAAUUGAUCAAGUUAAGAUCUAGAAAAGCUGGAAGAAUCGUAAUGAAAUGAAGUAUAUCUUUGUAAAUUUAAAAUCAAUAAAUUAUCACUAACUGAAAGGAAAAUUAAGUUGAAAGUAGGAAAACAGAGUUUCGACAUCACAACGGUGAUGCGUCAGUGAUGCACUAGAAUCUUGAGCAUUCUAGAAGAUCUUUGUGUAGUGUCCAUGGCCUUGAAGGUUCUCCUUGGACAAAGACGAUGUGGGCAAUCUCUAGAUCUCCUUGCAAAGUCUAGAGAUCAAUAAAAUGGCUUGUCGAAUCGUCUCUGGUGGCUGCCACCUGACGGAGCAAAAAAACAGCAACUUUGCGACUCUCUAGUGGUUGUCACUCGACAGAGAGGAGCUGGAUGGAGGUGGGGCGCAUGUCAAGAAGCUUCAUCCUUAGAUCCGCACAACAAGAGGAGACUCUUCAUCGCAUUUGGUAUGCUCUUAGGAGGUGGUGACUUGUCUCCCAACAGAUCGUCCUCUUCCUGAUAAUAGCUUGUUCGUCGAUCAAUCAAAGAUGAGUUACUCGAUAGAUUCACGAUCUUAUUAUCGUGAAUCGUUCAACAAUUUUAGUAACAAUACUCUACGAAUUGCAUUGAUGAGAUUUUUGCCAAUGAUCUAGUGAUUUUGGUUGCUUAAUCCUUCAUCGGUGAUCUGUAGGAAAGUCACGAUAAACAAAUAAACAAAAUAUGAAUUUUGGCACUGGGAGGAUUCAAACUUGCACUGAUUGCCCCCUCGCCCUUUCUAGGGAGGUGUGACGGGGGUUAAAAAAGUCCCACAUCAAUUGUGUGCUAAAAUUUCUUGUGAAUAUAUAGUAAUACUAUAUUUUCGAUCAAGUCCUUUUCUCACACGUGUAUGACCACUCCUUGCCUCACAGUCGGCUGGCCACCGGUGACAUGAAAGGGGGGUGGCGCACAUGUGCCCAAUUGGUCCAAGCCACUCGAACCCCUACUGAUGGCUACUCCCCAACUGCACUUCUGACUUACUUGCGGGCCUAGAAGGUUCCCCCAUUUUGUCUUAUUUUUAUUUUAAUUUCUUUUUCUUUAUUUAUCUCAAAAGUAAGACUAUAAAAAUCAUAUAAAAUUAUAUAAAAUCACAUAAUUACCUAACAAUUCAUGUUAAUCAACUAAAAAUAACUUUUCACACUUUAACACAAAUAUAAGUCUAUUUAUCAUGAGUUAAGACUAAAACCAUAUUAUUUACUAAUUAUUAACUCAUGAUAAUGAAGACUUAUCAAUUAUCAAGUCUAGUAUUACUAUAUAUCAACCUCAAAACUCAGCAUAUAACCAAUGUGGGACUAAACCAAGGGUCAUAG